AUGGCUAUAGCAGCAGAAUUCGACCUCGAGCUCGAUCAGAUGGAUGCAGUCAACGCCUUUAUUAACUGCCCACUCGAGGAAGAAGAAGUUGUCUACAUGCGCCUUCCACCAGGCUUCCAAAAGCCAGGAAAGGUUCUACGGCUUAGGAAAGCUCUAUACGGACUACGAAGAUCACCCCUUCUUUGGCAACAGCAUUUAACAGGUUCCCUCGAAGCCCUAGGAUUUACGAAAGUCCCUCAGGAACCGUAUAUAAUGCAGAAGGGUAAAAUCACGGUCUUCUUUUACGUCGAUGACAUUAUCUAG